AUGGCGCCGAAAAGUCGGAAAAAAGGGGGAGCGUGGCCAAUGCCACACUUCGAGGACGACCCUAAUAUACGCGCAUAUGCAGCCUCCGCCAUCAAAGAACUCAAGGCAUUGAAGAAGCGCUGUGAGAAUAAGCAGAAUAGCAUGCCAAUCGACAUCACCAACAACGUAGUGGCGUCGUUCUUGCACCUGGCUCGUCGGAUGAAGGACGCGCUGACGAACAAGCAACUCGCACAGCAACUCGCGCGCGUGGAAUUGAUCAUGGAAAAGACGCAGAAAGAGGUCUCAUAG